AUUACAUUGAUCAAGCCAUCGUAUGUGAACAGACCGGUGACGCUGAAGAUGGAGCCACGUGAUGGGUGGAUGGGUGGCGUCGUUUGGAAAUACCUUCAACCAGGAUCAGCUGAGUUCAGGGUCGCUAACAGUCAAAAUGACAGUACUCAGUUCUCGGAAAAUGGAUCAUACUAUUUUACACUCAUUAAUGCAAAGGCUGUUUACAAUAACACGUACUUUUACGCCGAAUAUGCCUACAAACCAUCCAUGAAAUCACAAGUAACAGAGCUGGAUUUAGAUGUUCCACAAAACUCUGUCGUUGUCGGGCCUCAGUAUGGAGACUUUUUUAAGACAAAAUGUGUUUACGCUGAUGCUGGUAUCGACAUAUUUUGCAAGACAGAUACGGGAAUAGAUCCUGUGAGUGUUAGCUUUAGUGUUGGAGGCAAGGUAUUACCACUUUUAGCUGAUGGGAAAGAGCCAGAGUUGCGUAAAUUAGACCACACCCGACUCCGCCUUAAGAAGGAAAUGGCUGGCAGUAAUGUAACCUGUAAAGUUGUAUACAGCGCCAAUAAGGCUCCAGUUGAGUUUACAGCACAUUUGUGCUAUUUAGAGUUUGGUACGGGACCAACAUUAAUAGAACCAAGUUGUUUCUAUGGCGAUGACUCAACUGCAACUUGUGAAAUAAAUAAUAUUCGACCGGUUCAAAUGAUUGAAAUUCGUGUAAACGACAGAUUAUUAAAAGUGCAACAACAAGAUGAAUAUGAUCGUUCAAAAAACACCUUCUCCAGCAAAGCAACUCUUAAAACUGCUUCUGAGGAAUGGAAUGGAACAGAAAUGUGUUGCACAUCAAGGAUUGGGAACAACAAUAUUGGAAGGUCUAUUUGCAAGCCAAUACUUAUGAGCUGUAUGCAGAAUAAAGAACAAAGCUCGCUUUUCGUUAGCUUCUGGCUCCCAAUUAUCGCCGGUAGUUUGGCAUUUAUCAGUAUGUCCACAAUAACGCUUGUUUGCUGUCUACGAAAAAGACGUCAACAUAACGUUUACCAGGCGAGCGCCAGAGAUAAGACAAGGUCUAAUAUGAACAAACAUGAGCCAGUGUAUUCAACUAUAGAUGAUCCCAUAGACACCGCAAUAAGAAGUACCAUGACCUUUAGUCGACAGAGGAGUGCUUCUGCAGAGUCAACAGAUUAUAUGACACCAAUCUCAAGAAAAGCAACUAGUAGGCCAAUCAGGAUACAUUGAUAUGUCAGGAUCAACACAUAUUACUUAAGAGUGUUCACAAAAAAUGUGUAGAUAAGGAGUAUUCAAUUGAAUACGACAAUAAGUGCUGUGGAAUUCUUAACGAACAAAUAACAAAACUAGUUAUUUGUA